AUGUUUACACACACCCUUCCUUAAUUCUAACGACUCCCCCAACCGCCCACGUUACUCACACAACUACGCUUUCCCUACACAUAUUCCUCUCUCCUCACCCCACACACACACACGCACCUUAUAAUAUCUCUCUCACUCCCUCAUUUUUCUUGAUCCUCUUACCUCAUCAAUCCCAAUAUCACCACUAUCUAAACAAAUGUUCCAACAAAGACUUAACAAUAAUAUUACUAGUAGCGAGCUAGAUCAAAUGUUGCAUAUGCUAUCCUCUUCUUCUUUUUCUAAUCCCAUGCCAUUCUCAACAACUUCAAUGGACCAAUCAAAUUCCAAGUGGAAACCACAUGUUGAAAUAGCUCCGAAUUGUCCUCGUUGCGCUUCGACAAACACUAAAUUCUGUUACUACAAUAAUUACAGCCUCUCGCAGCCGCGGUAUUUCUGUAAAGGCUGUAGGCGUUAUUGGACGAAAGGCGGCUCUCUUCGAAAUGUCCCUGUUGGAGGUGGCUGUCGCAAACAUCGUCGUGGAAGGGUGGUCAGAAAUUCACAAACUGGCCACCUUUCCACAGAUGGCUCUGAUUCUGUUGAUGGUGAUCAACAGAAUCAAAAUAAUGUUUCACGCGAUAUAGAUAUGGCCGUUGUUUUCGCCAAAUUCUUAAACCAAAACACAAGUAGUACUCAUGGUGAUCAUGGGGAAAUAGAAACCGAGAGUGAGGCUAACAAUAAUAAUGGAUCAACUUCUUCCAACAAUAUGAACAAUUUGUCGUCGACACCGGACAGCACUGAAACUGAGAAUGAUGCAGUGGUCCAGCUCCAGCCUGAUGCAAUGGUUGUAAAUGGGGAUCCUUUUGAUCCGGAAUUGAGUUUGAGUGAGUUUGAGGGGUUUCUGGGUGUUGAUGAAGAUGUGGUUCAAGAUGUUCUAUGGCAUGAUUCUUCUGAUGCUAUGAUGGUGUCAACAUGGCAACAACAACCAUCAUCCAUGAUGCAAAUGGAGAUGGAUUACUCUAUGCCAUUGCCAUUAAAUGAGGGUGAUAAUAUUCAUGACCAAUUAUUAUUACCUGUUACUGUCAAUUCAAAUUCUGCUAGUGGCAAUUUGAUAAAUGAGAGUUGGAACACUUCUUGGGAUUGUUUUGAUCUUUCAACCAUGGAAGUUUUCUCGUCGAACUCAAGACCUUAAACAAAUUGUUAGUUAUUUAGAAUCGAUUUUCCAGUUAUACAUAUUUUUGUUUUAUAUGUUGUAUUAUAUAUUAUUCUUCCUAUUAUUUCAAACAGGAUUACAAAAGUUGAGAGAAAGAGAGAGUUAUUUAUAGCUGCAUUCUAUGAUGAAGUAGAAAAUUAGAAUGCUAGCUAUAGAAAUUAUUUAUGGUUGAUGGAUAUACAUCAAAUAAAGUUGUGCUUUGGCUGCAAGCCUGCAUAUAUAUAACCAUGACAUGGUACUGGAGUUCAGUGGCUUUUUUUUUUCCAGCUUUUUUUCCAUCCCGACAGUUCUCUUACAAGUCCUUUGAUUUGUCAGAAAUAUUCUUUGGAUUUUAGAAUUCGGAUCUUAUGUUUUAUGUAUUCAAAUUAUAGAUCCAAAAUCUGAUAAAUCAGAAGAAAAGAAAUGUGUCUAGUGUGGAAGUACGGCCGUAGGAGACGCUGUGGUUGGUGAUAUUAUUAUAUUUUUGUAAUUUUUUUUCUCUAUAAAUUGAGAUCCUUAUAUUCUUCAGUAUAUGCUUAUACAUGUCUCCCAUUAGUCAUGGAUAUUGGCAAAAUACUCAUCCC